GGAGAAGAAGAAGAAGAAGAAGAGUGGGAUUUUGAGGAGGAGAGUUCUUUGCGUCGGUAACAGGAACAGCAACAGAAACAACGACGACGUCCCCCACGUCGGAGAGAGUGGCCGAGCGACUUGCCACCACCACAACGUCCCACCAUCACCAUCACCAUCAUCAUCGCCACCAUACCCACGAAGGAGGCUCGACCGCCGCCUUGCCUCUCUUGGUUCGCCUUGUCUCGCCUCCUCCUUCGGUGUAUAUAGUACCGACUUCGAUUCCUCCUCCGAGGCUGAAAGUCUUUUUAACUUUAUUUAAUAGCAGCACCAACAGUUUCGUGCAGACGAUUGAGAUGCCGGUUUGUUGCCGAACGCGCUCUUCGUCACAUUCGGGGUUGAGCGUUGAUUAGAUAAUAUCGAGAAUCCGAAGGUAUUCGAUCUCGUUGAUCGUCGAUUGGCGCGAGUAAAAUUUUCUUUCCCAAAAUAACGAUAAAAGUUCGCCGUAAAAACAAUUUCAUCGAACUCAUGGUGUGCGACGCAAGAUGCGGUUCAGUGGUGUAAAGUUUAAUAAAUGUGCAUCGCAGCGGAUUAAAGUGCGCGCUAUGCGAUAGGGGAAUUUAUGCAUUUGCGAUUAGCUGAUACGAAAGUAGCAACGUAUCGCGUUGCCUUAUGUACAAAUUCUUGAUGUGGAAUCCCUGAGGAGGGAUUGGGUUAUUAUAUUCUCGAUUGAGUAUAGAUCGAGGUUGCAGCGAGGCUAACGAUAAGUUGCUGCCGCCGCUCGUGCUGCGGGUAAGUUGAGAAUCGAAGCGUGUGCCGCCGCUUGGAAUGCGGUAUUGAAGGAUAUAGCCUAGAGGGUGGUGCGCAGGCGGCACACCGUCGCGGGUUCAUGAGGCCUCUGUCGUUCGAAAAUCUGAGGAGGCUGGUGGGCCGGGGAAAAGAUCGCGACGAGCCGUCGUUCAAGAGGAGCGAAUCCUUCAAGAGGAUAUCGAUUCGAAAAAGUUAUCUAGAUCGGGGCAAGCGGAGACAGAAAUUGCAGCAAAAAAACGCCGCCGAGGCUCGCGAAAAAAAUCAAAAUGUCGUUACCCCGUCGACCGGAGGGAAUCAAACUGGCAAGUUAUUACCGAAUCGCGAUUCGGAAACUCCGAUUUCUCUGCAAGAAGACGUCGUCGGGGUCAUUGGAUAUGGGGAAUGGCUCCAUGGCGUCAGAACCGCCCACGACAUUAACUCCUCGGGAGCUACGAACGCCCAACAACAAAACCAAAUACAGUCUCACGACACUUCGCUUUUGUCCAAUAAAUCCACCGUCGAUCUUUCCAACGAAUUGGCCAACAGAUUCGAGGUAUUGAAAUUGGAGAAAUCUCCCGUCAUCGGCAGAAGAGAUAUUAGAUCAAACGCCGGGCAUUCACAGGUGCAACUAGUUAUACUCGAUAAUAAAGAUCGUAAUUCUCCCGAUUCGGCGGAAUCUCAGCUACAAAGUGACCAGGGAACGACGCCGAGUGUUAGUAUCAGCUUCGGAAGGAUCUGGAGAGACGGGAUUCCAGUGUCGUCUUUAGUUCCUGGAGCACCCUGCGCUCAUCAUUCGUUGGACAGCGCUCUCAAGGAGCGCAAACCUCAGCCCACAGUUUCCAGGACUGUUUCUGCCCCGGAAAAAUGUCCCGUAACGAUCAGGGAGGACGGAACAAACGCUUCUCACGGUUUCGGUUUCUCUUUGUCGAUUUCACGACUCGCGGCAUUCAGGAGAUCCAAGAAUGGAUUUUUCCGAAAAAAGACGCCGAAACCUUCGCUGAGCGUCAGCCCUGACGGGUAUUUCAAGCGGAUUUCAGCGCCGCGCAAAUCGACCGCCGCUUCGCUGGGGAAUUCUUCAUUUAGAAAAAAAGGUGGACGCCGAUCGUCGACCCGGAAGUUUGAAGGCACUCGAAAAACUCGGCUCGUAACAGAAGCCGGGGGGGAAGUCGAAGACCGUUCUUCGAGUCCCGUAUGGUUCGUUCCUCCGGAGCGACGAAGAUCCCGCAGGCAUCGCAGGGUUUGGCGCGAGAUUCGCUACUUUCCAGACGAGGUUGAGGCCCAGAUCGACCGGGACGCUUACUCGAAUCAUUCGGACGAAUUCGACGAUCAGAAGCUCCUGCUUUCCGGCGAUUUCAACCAAAGGUCGGAAUCGAGGAACGAUAUUUUCGCCAACGACAAUCGAAGGAGGCCUUCCUCCUCGAGUUCCUCGUCGCCCUCUUCGGGUCAAUUUUCGGCUGUCGGAAAGAUCAGCGAUUUCAACGAAGACAAGCUCGUGUCCGCCGAAUUGCGGGUCUCCGGCGCUCUCGCGAAACGGAGGAGCUGGCAGCCCGAUGUCCCUGCGAAUUAUUUCGCUUCGCGGAAAUUCAAAAACUUCGUCGGACGGCUGGAUAACUCCUCGUCUUCGGCUUCUCUCGCUUCUGCUGUCGUUUGUACGCCCAAAGAAUCGGAACGCAGCUAUAAUCGCUGCCCCUCCUGUACCAGUGAAAGUGAUUCCGAGCCGCUUCAGAACCAGCCUUCUUUGGUUAUGAACGAAAAAGGUGGAAAACAACGACACGAUCAACAAAAUAUACAACACCACCAGCAAAGAAGAAGACCCCUGAGAAGGAGGUCCCAAUUACGGAGAGGUGGACAGCCGGUUUAUCUCGUGCGAAAAUGUUCAUCUCUCCGACGCAACAGAUCCCGGGACAUAACGCAGAAAGGCUAUGAGAAGAAAAGGACCCGUUUGCUGCAGCAGUACAGCUCCAAACAACAGGGGGGUGGAGGUGGAGGUGGAGGUGUCGGUAACACCGUCGUCGGGGUUGUUGGGGUUGCCGGAGGAUUCGGAAGUGGCAGUUCCGAGAGAAGUGGAAGUGGUGGAAUUGGUGGUGGAGGUGUUGGUAGCGGAACCGGAUAUGGCAGCGGAGGCACCGGGGGCGGAGGAGGUGGACGUCCUCAGCCACGCGCUCGACGCACGCAACGUCGCGUAACCCACUCGGAGAAACGCUAUCACUCAGGAGGCCGGCUGGCCCCAGGAAUUGCGAGUCCCUCGGGCUCCGUUGGUUCGGGAAACGCUGCGAAUUCAAAUACGGCAGCUGCUAGACGCGGAAAUCGAAGGCUCACGCGCAAUGAAAGCCGCUAUCAUUCUGAGGUACGCCAAGAGGCAGUCCAGCAGGCGUUGGCUGCCAUGCAAGGUCGCCCAAAGCCGUCGCUCCCAAUGCCGUCGAAGCGUACGUCUGUGAUGGCCAGAAGUCCGGAUCGAGAACGUCGAGACAGCGGAGAAUCCAGCAGCGACGAGGACAGCGUUGUCACGGAAGAGAGCCCGGGAGCCGGGGGACCAACGGGAACGGGACUUUCCGACACCAGUAGCACAGGUUCCGCACGAGACACUCCGCCACCCCCGAGACCGCCUGCCAGGCGCCCACCUGCGGACAUCACGGACAUCGCGGAGUACGCACCUCACGCUUAUUGCAACAUUCAACCUCCAGACGUAACGCACACCACGCAAUCCCGGAGACCCGGAGCCGACAGAGUGAACCGCUAUCACGUGGUAGAGGACAAUACCGGGACAACCGGGAGGUGGAAGGUCUCCGCGAAAAUUCAGCAGCUCUUGAACACUCUGAAAAGACCGAAGAGAAGGCCGCUACCGGAGUUCUACGAGGACGACGACAUAGAGCUGGAAAUAGCGGCGAACCCCAAAGAUCCGAAUGCGCCGAAGCCGGAGGGAGGUUCGAUGACUUCCGCCGUUGGCGAACAGCUCUCGGUCCCUUCGGGGCUACCGAGAUCCUUGGAGGCGGCCAUACAACGAUACGGUUCGGCUAGCUACAAAGCUCCGGCCGCGACCGUUCUGGAUCCAAACGGAAAACCAUACGUACCUCUCACCUACGGAAAACUGUUGAGCCGAUCUCACAAAAUUGCUUACACUUUAUUGAACAAAGCACUGAGUCGCAGCGGGGACUGCUGCCUAAAACCUGGCGACCGCAUAGCCUUGGUCUACCCGAACAACGACCCGAUUAGUUUUAUGUGUGCUUUUUACGGCUGCCUUCAAGCCGGAAUCGUACCGGUUCCUAUCGAGGUACCUCUGACUCGGCGAGAUGCGGGAUCGCAGCAGAUCGGAUUUCUCCUAGGUAGUUGCGGCAUACAAGUCGCUCUUACUAGCGAGGUGUGUCUCAAGGGUUUGCCCAAGACCGCAGCCGGCGAAGUGGUCGCGUUCAAGGGCUGGCCGAAGCUGCAUUGGUUCGUCACCGAGCAUCUCGGAAAGACGCCGAAGGACUGGUCGCCUCCGCCAAGACUGACCGACGACACUCCGGCGUACAUAGAAUACACGACUGACAAGGACGGUUCCGUUAUGGGAGUCACCGUUACCAGGGCAGCUAUGCUGGCUAAUUGUAGAGCUUUGACGAUGGCCUGCGGUUAUACCGAGGGUGAAAAUGCCGUGUGUGUCUUAGAUUUUAAGAGGGAAGUGGGACUGUGGCACAGCACGCUGACCAGUAUUCUUAACGGAAUGCACGUAGUCUUCAUUCCGUACGCUCUGAUGAAGGUCAGCCCCGCCAGUUGGAUGCAGAUGAUCACCAAGCAUCGAGCGACUGUCGCUGUUGUGAAAUCCAGAGACUUGCAUUGGGGCCUGCUCGCGACCAAAGAUCACAAAGACAUUUCCUUGUCGUCCCUCAGACUCCUGCUCGUCGCUGACGGCGCCAACCCCUGGUCCUUGUCCUCCUGCGAUCAAUUCCUAUCAGUUUUUCAAUCCAAGGGUCUCCGACCUGACGCUGUGUGCCCGUGUGCGUCCUCCAGUGAAGCUCUUACCGUAUCCGUGAGGAGACCUGGACGAGCGGGUGUGAAUGCAACCGGACGAGGCGUCCUGUCAAUGUCCGGGCUUAGCUACGGAGUCGUUCGCGUUGACCAAGAAAAUUCUCUGACUUCACUCACCCUGCAGGACUGUGGACAGGUCAUGCCUGGAAGUGUCGUCGUAGUUGUUAAAAUGGAAGGGCAGCCGUUCAUCUGCAAAACUGACGAAGUUGGAGAAAUAUGCGUUCAUAGUUCGGCGACGGGAAAUCAGUACUGGGGACUCCAAGGGCUCACGAAUAACACCUUCAAAGUAUCUCCGUUACAACCGGAUGGAACUCCGCAAGGCGAAGUGGAGUACACGAGAUCUGGACUGCUCGGUUUCCUUGGUCCUGGUGGUCUAGUUUUUGUUUGCGGAUCGCGGGACGGCUUAAUGACCGUCACCGGGAGAAAACACAACGCGGAUGACAUCAUUGCUACUGUACUGGCUGUGGAACCAAUGAAAUUUAUUUACCGAGGCAGAAUCGCCGUAUUUAGCGUCAGGGUACUACGAGAUGAAAGGAUAUGCGUGGUUGCCGAACAGAGACCGGACUGCAGCGAGGAAGAGAGCUUUCAAUGGAUGUCCAGGGUGCUACAAGCUGUAGACUCGAUUCAUGCGGUUGGAAUUUAUUGUCUUGCCCUAGUGCCUCCUAAUUAUCUUCCAAAAACGCCUCUGGGAGGAAUACAUUUGUCGGAAACAAAACGGCGUUUCUUGGAAGGAGCAUUACAUCCUGCAAACGUAUUACUUUGCCCACAUACUUGCGUGACCAACUUACCAAAACCUCGCGAAGUACAUUCGGCGGGGGAUUCUGUUGCAGACGUUGGACCAGCCAGCGUUAUGGUCGGCAACAUCGUCCAAGGGAAUCGUUUGGCGUCAGCGCAGGGACGAGAUAUGGGGAUCCUGGACGAAGACAGUGACAGUGCCAAGAAGUAUCAAUUUAUAUCAGAAAUUCUACGGUGGCGGGCCGCCAGUACCUCGGAUCACGUAAUCUUCACGCUGCUGAACGCGAAGGGAGCAAUAGCGACUUCGUUGUCGUGUUCGCAGCUGCACAAAAAAGCAGAGAGGAUUGGAAAUUUGCUGUUAGAUCGGGGACGAAUCAAUACGGGGGACCACGUUGCGCUGAUUUUCCCUCCUGGAAUAGAUCUGAUUUGUGCUUUCUACGGGUGCUUGUACGUCGGGGCUGUACCGGUCACAAUCAGACCACCUCAUCCACAAAAUCUUCAAACUACCCUACCCACCGUUAGAAUGAUCGUGGACGUCAGUAAAUCCGUACUGGUCUUGUCUAAUCAAACUCUGCUGAAGCUCCUGAAGUCAAAGGAAGCUAACAACGUAGUUGACAUGAAAACUUGGCCAACGACGUUGGAUAUGGACGAUAUGCCAAAAAAGAAGCUUCCGGUAAUGUACAGAGCUCCGACGGCAGAGAUGUUAGCGUAUUUAGAUUUUAGCGUAUCGACGACAGGCAUGCUUGCCGGAAUCAAAAUGUCACAUGCAGCGGUUACCUCCUUGUGUCGAGCUAUGAAACUCGCUUGUGAGUUGUAUCCAUCGAGACACAUAGCCUUAUGUUUGGACCCGUAUUCCGGUCUGGGAUUCGCACUGUGGUGUCUCAGCAGCAUAUACAGCGGGCAUCAUUCCAUUCUUAUACCACCGUCGGAGGUCGAAGCGAAUCCCGCUUCAUGGCUAUCCGCGGUGAGUCAGCACAGAGUAAGAGACACUUUCUGUUCCUACGGUGUAAUGGAAUUGUGCACGAAGGGUCUUGGUUCUUCCGUACAUGCUCUCAAGACUCGUGGUGUUAGUCUUGCCUGUGUUAGAACGUGCGUCGUUGUUGCCGAAGAGAGACCACGGAUAGCGUUGACGACCAGCUUCAGCAAACUCUUUUCCGCUCUUGGGUUGAGCCCUCGUGCGGUAUCUACUUCCUUUGGCUGCAGAGUCAACACAGCCAUAUGUCUUCAGGGAGCAUCUAGUCCAGAACCAUCGACCGUAUAUGUUGAUUUACGGGCCCUGAGAAACGACAGAGUAUCGUUAGUAGAGAGAGGAAGUCCUCAUUCCUUGUGCUUAAUGGAAUCGGGGAAACUGUUACCAGGAGUAAAAGUGAUCAUUGCAAACCCGGAGACAAAGGGUCAGUGCGGGGAUUCGCACCUCGGAGAAAUCUGGGUUCAAUCUUCGCACAACGCCAGUGGAUACUUUACGAUCUACGGAGAUGAAAGUGACUAUGCAGAUCACUUCAACGCCCGUCUUGUCACAGGCAAUACCGGAGAAGUUUACGCGAGAACUGGCUACCUGGGUUUCCUCAGGCGCACCGAAAGCGUCCAACAAUCAGCUGUAGGUGACACACCAGGAGAUAGUUCUGCCUCGGAGGCGGAAGGACCUCCGGUAGACGCUGAGCUCCACGAUGCGGUGUUCGUGGUUGGUGCACUUGAUGAAGCGAUUUUACUCAGAGGCAUGCGAUAUCAUCCGAUCGACAUCGAAAACAGCGUAAUGAGGUGUCAUAAGAAGAUUGCCGAAUGUGCUGUAUUCACGUGGACAAAUCUGCUGGUGGUCGUUGUUGAAUUGGAUGGCAGUGAAAGUGAGGCUCUGGAUCUGGUGGCUUUGGUGACAAGUGCAGUUCUGGAAGAGCAUCAUCUUGUUGUCGGAGUUGUCGUUGUUGUGGACCCGGGUGUCGUACCAAUAAAUUCACGCGGCGAGAAACAACGAAUGCAUCUGCGUGACGGUUUCCUAGCGGAUCAAAUAGACCCAAUUUACGUUGCGUACAACAUGUGAAUACCAUCGAGCUUUUUAACCCUUAUUACAGGCUUCUCUGGACGAAUUGCCACGACUUUUUGUGAUAUAUAUAUAGAUAUAUAUUUAUAUAUAUUCACAUAUGAAUAUAUAUUAUGUAAUUACUAUUUGUGGGAGCCAGUCUUGAACCUGAAACUCAUUGAUUUGGGGAGGGCGAUUAUAGCACAAGUAUACAGUAAUACGUUUGCAUACGUGAAUCGAUGAGAGAUAUUGAGUGUUGAGGAGAUAUUGACACCCUGCGAUUCUUAGCGAAGCCAGAUAUCACGCUUAUUCGAAGGACCUGAGACUCUCGAAUUCUCGAGCGGUACUAUCUAGGUAUAUAAAUUAAAUAUAUUUGGAUAGCUCUAUCGUAAGGGUAUAUUAAAAAUUAAUUACAAAAAUUUUGUACACUGAGAAUUAAUAGUCGUCAUUGUCAUAAUCUUUGUCUUGAGAAGAGACAGCUCAGAAACUGAUUUUUGAAAAUUGUUAGCCACGUUUUUGUAAGAAACAGAUAAUAAGUUAUGAGGAGUCAGAAGGUUACAAUAUUUCGAAGUACAUAUUCUGGAACUAGAGAUGCACACUAUUUUCGUAAGCACAAAAUAUCCAGUAGCCGAUAAAACGUCUGCAGUACAUUGCCAUUGCCUGUUCUAAGGCCUUAUCACGGAUAUCAAAGUUCAAGGUGCGAUCGAUAUUAAUUUAAGUUUGUCAUGACGUAAAGUUAUAUAGUAAAAUCUUUGACGCAUAGUCGCCCUAAAGUUGAAGAUUUCUCAGUAAUUUUAAUUGUCCAGAAUGAUUUUUUCUUUUUGGCGUAUUAAUUUUCAUUCUAUUCGCUAACGAACAUUCGCGAUAUUUUGAUCCACGAGAAUAAUUUCAUCCGACAAGACUCUGUUUUAAAUCGUACUACGUUGGUGCGUUGAUCAAAAAAAAUUGUUCGAUCAAAUGAAUCGUUGAAAAUUCGUGCAAAGCUUGAAUUUUAGUCUGACAUUUUAACGUAUAGAAUAACGCACCGUACGGUGAUUGUGAAAAUAACUUUCGUCGAGAAUUAUUUAGUUUUAUUUAUACGACUGUAGUAUUUACAUAGAAUUUGUAGAGCAGCUCAUAUUAUAAACUACCUUAUAAUUGUAGACCUUCUCGCUAAUGAGAGGAAAAAAAAUAACACAUUCGAAGAGAAAAACCUAAAAAAUUAAACGAAACAUACGACAUACCUAUACAUAUUACACGAAUAGGUGCAGUAUUUAUCUUCCGUGUAGAUUUAAAAAACAAAAAAAUUUUCCAAGCAGACAAAUUUACGUUGGAAUUUCAUCUUUUUUACAAUUGCACAUCAGCAACGCGCACUCAUAUUCAAGAUUUUAGAACAUGAGAGAAGAGACAAAAUAAAUAAUAAAAUACAAACAAUUAACGUACAUGUAAAACGUAAAAUUAACUAUGAAAAAAAAGAAACAAGAUACAAAACUAAAAUAUGUCUUUAGACGAAAGAAAGCUCAAAAAAAUUCUUGAAAAUACAAAAAAACAACCGUACUUGUCAUUGAAUGCGGUGAAUUUUUUUAUUUCAUGACUACUAAGAUGUAUAUUUGUUAAUAGUUUUAUAAUUUUAUAUUUUUAUUUUAUUACAUCGAUACCAUAAUAUUAUUAUUGUCAUUUCGUUAGUGCAAUAUACAUAAUAUAAUAAUAACAAUAAUGAUAAUAAUAUCCUUGUGAGAAAAGGAAAUCAUAAAUUUUGAAAGCGACAAGAUUUUUUGUACAUACCUAUAAUAGAAUGGGGCAAAAAUGAUUUAACGACGGACGAAAAAAACGAAAACGUAAAUAAUCGCAUAAAAAAUCGUGGCAAAUAAUAACGAACAAACAAAACAUAAUUAUUGUAAUGAUUAUCAAUAGGAUAGACGAUAGAAUGGCUGAGGCAGGCUAAGAUUUAACAGUUGCAGUAUGGUUACCAGAGUGACCGAGCAAUGCAACUAAAAGAAGGAUCUGCUUGUGACAAUUUUAAGAUUACGUGCCAUUUCAUCUCAUAUAAACUCAUCUCAUCUGUUUUCAUCCAGUUCAUUUGUGUGUCAAGUGCUUUAGAUACCCCAUAGUGAGAGAAUACGUGAGGAAUUUGGUUGUGUUAUGUAUAAAUGUUGAUACUAGUUGGUAGUUUGACUCGUUAGGAUAUAUUUACAACACUAAAACCCUUUUUUCCCAUCGUUUUCCUCACACAGCCCUGCAGGCAAUUAUAACAAUUUACUCUAUACAUAGGUAUACCUAUAUCAAAUAUGUAUGUAUAUAAUAUACAUCCUCCCCAAAAUUCCUAUUCCCCCUAUUUCUUUGUUCUCUACUCCCCCUUUCCCCCUUCCACUGUGUAUAUAAAGCACAAGCCCGCAUUACAAUUAUUAGCUGAUUAUUAUAUAUAUAUAUAUGAAUUUAAGUUACGUAUAGUAUAAUUAUUAUUAUUAUCAUUAUUAUUACCUAUUGCAUAGCAUUAUUAUCUUAAUUCAACUAAUAUUCACUCGUUCAUCACACCUCUUAACUUUUCCUAAUGAAAACGAAAGAAAAAAAACAAAAAAAGCAAACAAGAAAAAAUGAAAAAAAAGCCCUGCGUCUCUUAGAAUGAAGAUAUUGUACUAUUAUUAAUGUCUUUAGUGGAACAGAUUGUAGUGUUUUCUAUAAAAUGACAUACAUCGUCAUUAUGUAGAUUUAAUCUUGGAUCAAAUAUCGAGAAUCAUGAGAUCCCUUAUUCAUGCCCAAAAUUACACUAUACACACAGAGACGACAUUGACACAUGAACACAUUUGUAAUCCACAUUGCAAUAUAUGAUAGUAUAUAUAUUAUAUAGUAUAGUAUAUAUAUUAUUUAUAUAUAAAUCCUAAUACAAAGGACAUGCGUAGUAAGAACCGAUCAUCAAUAAACGUAAUGUACAUUUUUA